AUGCAAAUCAUUGCUGAAGCCACAUUCCAGCUGCUGGAACAAAUGUCUCAACCAUUUUUGACUGGUAGCCUCGACAUCGAUGACGAUAUGGAGGAGGACCUAGAAACCGAUCCCGAUCUCGACAUCGAUAGCAGCGGGGAAUCGUGUCCUUGCUUGAAUUAUUGGAUUUUUCAUGAUUUUUCCUGUCAAUUAAAAUGGGAAAAAAAUUCCUAUCAACACCAUAAAUAUUUAUAUGUGUACGAGCUCGUCCGCGAUAUUGGGUCCGGGAAUUUUGGGGUUGCCAGGUUGAUGAGAGAUAAACAAACUGAUGAACUUGUUGCGGUUAAGUAUAUCGAGAGAGGUGAGAAGAUAGAUGAAAAUGUACAAAGGGAAAUUAUCAACCACAGGUCACUAAGGCAUCCCAAUAUUGUCAGAUUUAAAGAGGUCAUUUUAACACCAACCCAUCUGGCUAUUGUAAUGGAAUAUGCGUCUGGAGGAGAGCUAUUUGAGCGCAUAUGCAAUGCAGGACGGUUUAGUGAGGAUGAGGCACGCUUUUUCUUCCAACAACUUAUAUCAGGAGUGAGCUACUGUCACUCAAUGCAAGUAUGCCAUCGUGACUUGAAAUUGGAGAACACAUUAUUGGACGGAAGCCCAGCUCCUCGUUUAAAGAUUUGUGAUUUUGGGUACUCCAAGUCUUCAGUGCUACAUUCACAACCAAAAUCAACUGUUGGUACUCCAGCAUACAUUGCCCCUGAAGUAUUACUUAAGAAAGAAUAUGAUGGCAAGAUUGCAGAUGUGUGGUCUUGUGGAGUAACCUUAUAUGUUAUGUUGGUGGGAGCAUAUCCUUUCGAGGAUCCUGAGGAGCCAAAGAACUUCCGCAAGACAAUACACCGUAUUCUGAAUGUUCAGUACUCAAUUCCAGAUUAUGUUCAUAUUUCUCCUGAGUGCCGCCAUCUGAUCUCCAGGAUUUUUGUGGCUGAUCCUGCAAAGAGGAUAAGUAUUCCCGAGAUUAGAAACCACGAGUGGUUCUUAAAGAACCUUCCAGCCGAUCUCAUAGUUGAAAACACAAUGAACAACCAGUUUGAAGAGCCUGAUCAGCCCAUGCAAAGCAUUGAUGAAAUCAUGCAAAUCAUUGCUGAAGCCACAAUUCCAGCUGCUGGAACAAAUAGUCUCAACCAUUAUUUGACUGGUAGCCUCGACAUCGAUGACGAUAUGGAGGAGGACCUAGAAACCGAUCCCGAUCUCGACAUCGAUAGCAGCGGGGAGAUCGUGUAUGCUAUGUGAUUAUUACAAGACCUAUGAGCUGGGAGGAAUUAUGGUGGACCAUAUGUUGAAUGAAGUUUCAUUUGUCUUGUGGGGAUCCAGUUACUUGGUUGUGAAGAAUUAAGAAACUUUUUACUGUUGCUUAGAAAUGUCUAUCUCACUUGUCAGCCUGGAAUCCACAUCUGGUGCACAUGUUUUCAUCUUGCUUGUGCCUUUCACCUUUUUAGUAAAGUGAUGUUGUUUCCUGUAUUUUAUAUGUGUUGGUGCCACUUGCAGGUGGCUUUAUAUGUUGUACUGUAGUGUACUCUUUAUACAAUAAUGUAUGUAAUAAAGUUAUUAGUGUUGUAUCC